GUUCAACCGGGGUAGGUAAUCGCAGUCUGGCGGUACGACCGGCCCCUCACCACCCUCCAACACAACGCUCCGCCAUCACCACCACUACCACCAUCACCACCACCUACAACCACCAUCACCAGCCUCAGUAACACACCACCACUCCCUCACCGUGUUAGUCAAAUCAGGCGUGUGAUGUCCGUAGACUUUUUGACGAAGACUUUUCCUCGUCUGCUGCCGGCUCCCAGCUGAUCCUCCCAGCUGAUCCAACAAAACAGUGUUGCUAUCUAUGGUGACUUUAAUAUUAACAUUAAAACAUCCCACGUUUCAAGAAAAACAUUUGCCUAAAGCCUUCUUGCGCGUGUAAGUGUUAUAAUUUCGAUAUCUCAGCACGAAGCUUCAUGUCCUUGUAAUAUACAAAAAAAAAAAUAUCCUUUUUUUAAGGAAUGUUGUUGCGUCACUUUUUAUUUUGGUUGGUUGUGACAUAUAACUAAACAUUUAUAGCCUAUAGUUAUUUUUCAUUUGCUAGUUCAGCGUCUGAAUGUUGCGAAUGUAACUAUAUCUCGUCUAUAUAUAUAUAUCUAUAUACACGCACAUACGUGUUCAAGUAAAGACCACACUAAUUAACUGCCAUUGUGUGUCACUUAAACUUGAGUGAUCCCGUGCUCUCCUGAUCAUCAGAAGCUCCUUACAGCAACGCCAAGCCUCUCUAGAAAACCUAGGAUAUUAGAAGAGCCUAUGCCUUUGCAGUCUCCACAUGCUCUUAGUAGCUGCCCCGUUUCCUUCUUACCAACACAGGCUUCUCACUGCAGUACUGUGACCUCUCGCUUACCUUCUCAGCAAAUUCCUAGCAGCUCUCCCGGCGCUCCACUGCCUCCACCCCAGCAGCCAGCCAGCAUGGUGUGAAGAGGCUCCACCAGCCACCAGCUUCAUAAAAAAUUUCACAAGGACGAGAUGGUCGGAGAGGGCUCCCGGGGGUCGAACCCUCGUCUCCUGCACUGACUGCCGCCUCCACAGACAUGACAUCACUUCCCCGCAACGCCUCCAUCCGCCGCCGCCGCCGCUGGUAUGGCCUGCCACAACUGGUGGCGGUCACAGCAUUUACAUUCCUCUUCGUGGGAUCGGCCAUCUUAUUCCAAGAUGCGCCCUCCCAGUCUUUCCCUGGCCAGAGGUCCUCGCUACGGGUGAUGCGAGGAUCAAGAACCCUCCUGCAGGAGUCCACCACAGAGUAUUUUGAAGAGGAUUUCCUAACAUCAACGGAAUACAGCAAUGAGACGAAAAAAACGACAGUGGCAGACCCUCUUUUCCCUCCGGAUCUCUUUACUCCAGAGCAGCGGAAGCAGGGAGCCAUUGUGCUACACUUGACUGGCAUGAUCUACAUGUUUGUGGCACUGGCCAUCGUUUGUGAUGAGUUCUUCGUCCCCGCACUGGACGUAAUCAUCGAAAAACUUCAAAUCUCAGAAGAUGUAGCCGGGGCUACCUUCAUGGCUGCUGGUGGCUCAGCCCCAGAGCUCUUCACUUCCGUCAUCGGAGUCUUCAUCAGUUUCGACGACGUGGGUAUCGGUACUAUCGUCGGCUCGGCUGUGUUUAACAUUCUCUUUGUGAUCGGCAUGUGUGUGCUAUUUUCCAAGACUGUGUUGGACCUGACGUGGUGGCCGCUGUUCCGUGACGUGACCUUCUACAGUACGGCACUCUUGCUGCUCGUCUCGUUCUUCAAAGACAACAAAGUGUACUGGUAUGAAGCGCUCAUCUUGUUCCUCAUGUACAUCGCCUACUGUUCCUUCAUGAAGUUCAACGCGGGCAUAGAGCGCUUCGUCAAGAAACACCUCAACAGGAACAAGGUGACUCGUGUGUGUUCAACGGACCAACUAGUGCCAAACCACCAAAAUGCCGCUCAAACGUUGCACGCUGCAGGGCCGCAGCCGGUCCAGCGCGGGGAGAGACGCCCCUCCGCCCCGGUUCUUCACUCCGGCACCAAGUUCAGACAUGGCCUCCUGCAGCUGAUGAUCCACACCAUCGACCCGCUGCAUGACGGACUCGAGGAGGAACCUGGGAAGGUAGAUGAGAAAGCGACGCAGCUUCACGCCAUCGCUUCCCUUAAGGUGCUGCUGGACGCUACCAAGCCGCAGAACGGCCGCGUGGAGACUUACCGCCCGGACGGCCUCGCUCCCGACCCUCGUCCUGACAAUCAGUCGCACGUAAGUGGUCGCUCGUCGCAGGGCACCGAAGUGACGCACGUCGACUCCUUGGCUUCCUCGGACGCUGCCUCGCACAGUGGCCCCCACACCAACGGCGACCUCCAGUCCGAAGGCAACUCCGUGGCUAACAAUGUGAGUUAUGGCACCAACUCUGUGCGCAAGAUACCUCCUAAGACUCCUCAGAACGGUGACAACAAUGGAAUAAAGCCGGCGCUCCAUCCGGCCGCCCCUGAGGUGACAGACACGGAGGCCGCCCUUCCCCCUCCACCCGCGGCUGAUCCAGACGACGAUGACGACCCGCCCAAACCCAUCGACCUGACUUGGCCUGACACCUGCAGGAAGCGAAUCACUUACAUCAUCGUGGCGCCUCUCAUAAUACCUUUGUGGAUCACCCUGCCAGACACCAGAACCCCCAGAGGAAAGCGGUUCUUUUUCAUCACGUUCAUGGGAAGCAUUGUGUGGAUCGCAGCCUUCUCCUAUCUGAUGGUGUGGUGGGCGUCUCUGGUCGGAGAGGUGAUCAACAUUCCACCUGAGGUGAUGGGCCUGACCAUUCUGGCUGCAGGAACGUCCGUCCCCGACCUUAUCACCUCCGUCAUCGUGGCCAGAAAAGGCUUCGGUGACAUGGCUGUCUCGUCAUCGGUUGGCAGCAAUCUCUUCGACGUCACAUGUGGGUUGCCCAUUCCCUGGCUGCUCUUCGCCAUCGUCCAGGUGGUUAAAAACUUCAUUAACAAAGUGGAGAAUCCGACAAGUAUCGAACCAAUUCUCGUCAACUCAGGCGGAAUGGGCUGCUCCAUCUUGAUGCUUUUCUGCAUGCUCAUGUUCGUGAUCAUCUCCAUCGCCUGUUCGAAAUGGAAGAUGAAUAAGGGCCUUGGCACCACGAUGUUCGUCCUCUACUUUAUCUUUGUUUUGCUGUCACUCGCCUUUGAGUACAGUUUCAUCAGCUGCCCAAUGUAACAAACCUGGAAAUGCGUGUUUAUAAAAUGUGUUAUACAAUGACAUUGAGGGCUCUUGAUGCCCACAUCACAGCUAAUGAUGAACAGAGAGAAUGUGGCUCUUUACACAAUCUCUCUUUGACCUCUUAUAAUGCCAGAGGGUUCUCAGUUCUUGACAUACCUCAAUGGAUUGAGUUUUUUGUUGUCAUAUAACUUUUAUUUAUCUGUAGCUGAGAUUUUGCCCAAACCUAGUCGACCCCCAGUCUUGAGGCGCUCCAUUCUCAGCCAACCUCAGUAUCCUAUUAAACGUAGCCCUUUCGCUCCUGUAGAUAAUUUCUGGAUGGCAUUCUCUUGAGGUGCCCAUGCACCAUUAUUCCCAUGGAGCGUAUGCAUGCCCCAUUUUUAAAAGUAAGAAAUUUAUGCUAACUUGGUGGUGCACAAUGAAUUUAAAGCCUUUUGUAGCCUCCGUUGCAUAUAUUAAAGACUGUUAACUUUGUACUCGUGUAUAUAAGAUGAUUAUAUAAAUAACGAUUGUGUUAAGGAAAUUUUAAAGACAAACCCAGUGAGGUGAAAGGAAAAAUAAUAAGGAAAAAGCCUACUAACACUGACAGUUUCUGGCUACAGGUGACACACACCGGGGACUCUAUACUAGCCUCUCAUAUUGUCUUCCCUGGGUUUCCUGUUCUUGUGCGCGUGCACGCACUCACAAGCACGCACACGCGCGCGCGC